UAAUUUUUAUGAUGCUUUUGAUUUUGAUGAUGACACUCCUGUGUUCGCUUUUCAAGUUGCUACCGCUGUGGUUGCUGAAGAAGAAUCGAAUAAUCAAGGGCGGAGAACAGGGUAUCGUGGCUCUAUUCCUGGUCACAAUAUUGUCAAUCGUAAUAGAAAGGAAGGUGAGUUAAGGUUAUAUAAUGAUUAUUUUGCAGAAAAUCCUAAAUUCACUGAAAGUCAAUUUCAAAGAAGAUUUAGGAUGAGUCGUUGUCUUUUUCUUCAGAUCGCAAAUGCAGUGGAAGCUCAUAAUCCAUUUUUCAAACAAAGGACAAAUGCUCUUGGUGUUCUUGGUUUAUCUUGCCUUCAAAAGGUAACUGCAGCUCACAGAAUACUUGCAUAUGGUAUUCCUGCAGAUCUUACUUAUGAAUAUCUUCGAAUUGGAGAAACCACUGCGAUAGAAAGUCUUAGAGCUUUCGUCAAAGCAAUCGUAGAAGUUUUUGGUGAUUGGUAUCUAAGGGCACCAAACGAGGCCGAUAUUUGUCGAUUAUUAUCAAUUGGAGAGCAGCGUGGAUUUCCAGGGAUGUUAGGGAGCAUGGACUGUAUGCAUUGGAAAUGGGAGAAAUGCUCAAUUGUAUGGCAUGGGAUGUAUACUGGUCGUACUGCUCCUGUCAAUUAUACAAUUAAUGGGCAUGAAUAUACAAUGGGAUACUAUUUAGCAGAUGAGAUUUAUCCUAAUUGGUCAACAUUUGUUAAGACAAUCCCAAGACCAUUAGGAGCAAAGAGAAAAUAUUUUGCAAGCACGCAAGAGUCUGCAAGAAAAGAUGUGGAGCGGGCAUUUAGGGUGCUCCAAUCUCGUUUUGCAAUUGUACGUGGACCUGUUCGAUACUGGGAUGAAAAAACACUUGCAUAUAUUAUGAAAGCUUGCAUAAUAAUGCAUAAUAUGAUUAUUGUGGAUGAAGGAGCAAUGAACCUUGGAUUUGACCAUGAACAUGAAGUCAAUUCAUUUAUAUCAGUGUCAUAUGGUGAAAUACCAGAACUACAUGAUUUUCUUCAAACUCAUAAUCGAAUUAGGGAUAGAGCAACUAGCUCUCAACUACAAGAAGAUUUGAUUGAACAUUUAUGGGAACAAUAUGGCAACGAGUAG